CAAUUAGAGAAUGCAAAGUACUUUUAUUUGCCAAUUAUACUUUUUGACAUUUAACGGAGGCUUGAGACUUUCUUGUCGCAGCUACGACAAGUGCUUCAAUCGUGGGAGGAAAGGCAAAAUAAAGCACCAUCGUAAUAUCCCUAAAGUGAUAUGCAGUUCGGAAAUUUUUGAAACUCGAGUCCGGCAUCAUGUGUUUCUUAUCGAUGCUUUGGCGCUUAUUUAUCGAUCCCACUUUGCUCUUUCCAGAAGCGGCCUCAGAACGUCGUAUGGCCUUGAGACCGGUCCCAUCUAUGGGUUUAUCUCAACCCUUCUAUCACUUUUGGAAACUUAUAGACCUUAUUGUGCCAUGGUGGUUUUUGAUAGCUAUUAUUUUUCUCAAGAAAGCGCUUUCCAGCCCACUUCUUGGCAAAGACGUUUAAUAUAUCCUGACUAUAAAAGAAACCGUUCCAAGUUGCCCACAGCAAUUGAAAAAGGCUUGCCAUAUAUAAAAGCUCUGGUUUCUGCAUUAGGAAUAUCGAUCAUUGAAGUAGCCAGUACGGAAGCAGAUGAUGUCAUUGGCUCAUUAGUGAAAUACUGCACGAGCAAUAACUUUGUUGCUAAAAUUGUUUCCGCAGACAAAGACUUUUUGCAGCUGUUGCAGGAAUCGACUUGUGUCAUUUUGAGGCCAAGAACAACCAAGUCUUCAAAGAAAACUUCUGCUAGUUCAUCUGGAUGGUCUUUGAUUACGGAGAAUGAAUUUCGUCAAGCGUACGAUAACCUAUCACCCAUGCAGUAUUGUGAUGUUUUGGCACUGAUGGGAGAUACUGCAGAUAAUAUUCCAGGAGUUGCUGGGAUUGGUGAGAAACAAGCAGUUGCUUUGGUAAAGAGCUUUGGCUGUGUCGAGACUUUGGUGGAAAAUUGGAAGGCUAUUUCCUCAACUCGAUUGAGAGAAAAAAUUUUCCAGCAUCGAGAACUUUUGUUAUUAAGUAAGACAUUAGUAACCAUUCAUCAGGACUUGAUAAUUCCCAAUUUUGAAUUCGAUGAUCUUUUUGUUCGUCCAACCCAGUUAGAAAAGUUGAAUGAUAUUAUGGAUAAAUUGGAAAUCAAAACGUUAGGAAAACGAGUUGAUAAAUAUGUCCACAAUUCCUUUAUAGCAACAGAAUCUUUGUAUCGGAAACAGAAGGAUUCGAAGUUACAGAAUGCAUCGUUAGAAAGAAGGGAACAAGAUAUUUCCAAUAGAAGUUCAGACAGUGAUUCAUCAUACUUGGCAAGAAUGAAGAAUUUUGAAAACUUGGGACUCCAAUACUUUUAUCUUUCUACUCUCGUAAAUUGUAAUUGCGCUGAAGAGAAAUGGGAAGAGCUUUUAUCACGCAUCAGAAAACAAAACUUUGAGGUUCCUUGUGUUGCCUUUUGGACGGAUUACGACAUUAAACCUGGAGAGAAGAAAAAACCCAGGCAAUCGAGAAGAAUGACUUCGUUCAACAAUUGCAAUCCAGCAGUAUUUCUCGAAAGUAUACGGAAGGAACUUUCAAAUGAAUAUUUUUCCUUUCAAGAUAUCGUCAUGUUAAAGGGCAUCGCUAUAUCAUGGGAAAAUUCUUUUAGUAUUUAUCUUGAUUUGAAGAAUACUAAAGAUGCUUGGAUACAACAAUUAGAGUGGUUAUUGAGCCAUUCUCAAUUGUCAAAAGCUAGUGUUUUUGUCAAGAAACAAAUUCAUAUUCUGCAGCGUUUUAGCGAUAAUCUAUCAUUACGAUCACCUCUCGUAGAUAUUCUUAUAGGUCAUCAUGCCACAGCUCCUUUUGAAUCUCUUUCAGUGGAACAAGUUAUGAAAAGAUUUGCAUUACUGAGUGGAGAUAAUGUUAUGUUAUCUAUGUUGGAAUUUAUGUUUUCGAACAGGAAAGAUCAAGUCUCCAAUUUCAUCGAACGAGAUGCAUCGAAGUUAUUAUCUGGUUUGUUAUGUCAAAAGGCGACGUAUCCGGUCCAUUUUGUAGAUUUGUUGAGAAUUUGGUGUCAGUGUAAUUGGUCUGUAUUGUUAUUUAGAGCCGCGAAGGUUCUGAACUCAGAACUGAUGAUGCUUUCCAUGAAGACUUUUGUUGAAUAUAUCGAGUAUCCCUUGAUACCGGUACUCGCGACAAUGGAAAGAAAUGGUCUGUGUCUGAAUACAAGGUUUCUGGUUGAUAUGAGUCAUAAAACAAACUUGGCAACUAGUGACAACUCGUUGAAGGACAAAUGGAAUGAUGAAUUGAAGAAAUAUGAUGACAAUGCAUCAAUUCUUUGGGAAAGCAAAGAUUUCUCUUUUACUGCGGAAAAGAAGUAUCUCAAACUGUUGCAAAGGCAUAUGUAUCCGAUCUCGGGAAAGCUUCAUGCGCAUUACUACAAAAGCACUAAUUUGUUUGGAAAGCUAGCCACAUUUCCUGUUAACGUUCAUGAACUCUCCAAAAUGAAAAAUUUAGUUGUAGCAUCACAAGGUUUUCAAAUAUUAGUUGCUGAUUGUAGUCAAAUGGAAAUGCGAAUUCUUGCAGCGUUGUCCAAAGAAUCUACUUGGAUUCAAGUAUUUCUUGAGGAAGGCGAUAUUCAUAAGUUUAUAGCAUACAAGUUGUUUACGUGGAAUAAUAGAAGCGAGAAACUAUCAGAACGACAGUUUCGUGAAUAUGCCAAAGUCCUCAGUUAUGGGAUAAUAAGAGGAACAUCAGAACAAGUUAUAUCGAAGGAGUUACAAGUUUCUCGACAUGAUAUAAAAUCUUGGAUGGAGUUGUAUCGCAGGUCCUUUUCAAAGGUCUUGCAAUUUUUAGAAGAAACCAGUGAAAAAAGUUUUCAAAGAGGUUACUCAGAAACACUACUUGGCAGAAAAAUUCCGGUUCCUUUCAAAAAUUCUCAAAAUGAAGAAGAAAUUUUGGCUGCUAAGAAGAUAUGCAGACGUGCUGUUAUCGAAGGAACACAGGCGGAUAUCAUUAGUUUGGCGAUGAUCAGAAUAUUGGAGCAGUUGGGACAAUAUUCACAGUCUAAUUUGAUUUUACAAGUUGGAGACCAAUUGAUUUUUCAAGUUGCAAAGUCAGAUUGUGAUAAAGUAAUGAAGCUAGUCAAGAAAGAAGUGAGUAACAUUUUGCCUCUUCCUCAGGGUGUUCCUGUUCUUGUACGGCUUGGUGUAGGAAACGAUUGGCUUGAAGCAACAGCAGCAAUACAAUAAUAUUUCAUUCUUACUUACUGUGAACAUAUCAUUUUGAAAAACUUGACAACUAAAGUAUACUAGAUUUCAAAAGU